AUGUCUUAUCUCGAAGUAUUGGAUAAAAACUAUGAUUCUCAAGACUUUAUUAUUUUGGGGACUAUAAGUUCUGGAAAUUUUGCUUCGGUCUUUGUCGCAGAAUGGAAAAAUACACCAGCAAAGUUUGCGAUUAAAAAAUUUAAGGAAACUUCUAAGGAAGAAGACAUUAUUAAUGAAAUUAAGAUAAUGAAACUGACUCCUCAUCCGUUUAUAAUUCGAUUUUAUGGAGUUACUAAAUUAAAAGGCGAAAAUAAAUGUUCGCUUGUACUUGAGUAUGCAGACGGUGGAACACUAAGAGAUUAUUUAAGAAAAAAUACUAUUCCUUUUGAAUGGAAGCAUCCCAAUAAUAUCUUAGUACAUCAAAAUACGAUCAAAUUGGCAGAUUUUGGCCGUUCAUCUCUAAAAGGAUCAGAUUGUUACAAUACUGAAGUAUGGGGCGUAAUACCUUAUGUAGACCCUAAAGCAUUUGACCGAAAAACUCCAUAUAAGAUGAACGAGAAAUCCGAUAUUUAUAGCCUUGCAGUAAUAUUCUGGGAAUUAACAAGUCGCUCAUCGCCUUUUAAUUAUGAAACGAUUAACGAUCACACUUCUCUUAUGUUAGACAUUCUUAAUGGACUACGAGAAGAACCUAUCAUAAACACGAAUGCUAGAUUUAUUGAGCUUUAUCGAAAAUGUUGGGGACUUGAACCAGAAAAACGGCCAGACAUUUACAAAGUAAAUUCAGAACUAAAUAGCAUUGAUUCCGAAAACAAUAAUACGUUUACUGUUCCUCAUUCUAAAGAGGAGAUAUGCAAAAAAAUAGAAUAUGAAGAUUCUGACUUGUCAAAUUGCAACAAAGAUUGUGAUCUUAAUGCGAUUAUGACUUUUCAUGAAUCUUAG